AAAACAACGAGUGGCAAUUGAAGCCAAGUUGUCGCCAUAUUUUCUGAAGGCACCUUCCGGGUCCUUUAACCCGGGUGUCUAUGUCCAAGCGGCCAUGAAGUGAAUAAACACCAAGGAGUUUUAUUUGUCCCCAUCCCUGAAUCACUAGCAGCCAGUCCCUACUAAUUCGAUUCCCGGCAGCUUUCGGACGUCGAGGCUGGGCGGGGCCGGGGCCCGGGCAGCCCUUCCCGUGGACGAAGAAAGCUGAGGACAGGAGCGGGGAGGCGGUGGCCUCAGGAACAAGGCUACCGCUGCUUGGGGCUGGGAACCCCCAUGGCGCCGCCCCCAGCCCCGCUCCUGGCGCUGAGACCCGGGGAGACCCGGCCUGGUUGCAGGGAGCCUGGGGCCGUGAGCUUCGCGGACGUGGCCGUGUACUUCUCCCCUGAAGAGUGGGGGUGUCUGCGGCCCGCGCAGAGGGCCCUGUACCGGGACGUGAUGCGGGAGACCUACGGCCACCUGGGCGCGCUCGGAUUCCCAGGCCCCAAACCAGCCCUCAUCUCUUGGAUGGAACAGGAGAGUGAGGCUUGGAGCUCCGCCGCCCAGGAUCCUGAGGAGGGGGAAAGCCUGGGAGGAGCUCUGAGAGGAAGCAUCCCAAACAAGGAGAAGUUGGAACCCAAGGAAGGUCCCAGAGCCAAGAGACCCGGAAGGGUUCCUGGGAAGGAGCAGCAUGAAGAGUUUGUUAAACACAACCCUGACUCCACUACUAGCAAGGCCUCUGCAAGAGCACAGCUGCCCAUGAAAGCUUCCUGGGACCAGACGGCAGGUGCACAGUCCCCAGUCCCGGUGCCAGUGCCCAACGUGGAUGCUCAGGCAAACCAGCGGCGCCACGUGUGUGCAGACUGCGGCCGCCGCUUCACCUACCCAUCACUGCUGGUCAGCCACCGGCGCAUGCACUCGGGCGAGCGGCCCUUCCCCUGCCCCGAGUGUGGCAUGCGCUUCAAGAGGAAAUUUGCCGUAGAAGCGCACCAGUGGAUACACCGCUCCUGCUCUGGGGGUCGGCGAGGCCGGAGGCCUGGCAUCCGGGCUGUGCCUCGGGCCCCUGUCCGAGGUGACCGGGACCCGCCAGUGCUCUUCCGGCACUACCCAGACAUCUUUGAGGAGUGCGGGGACCUGAAAGUCUGGGAGAGCCAGGACUGGGAUGUAGACCCUUGGGGGCAACUCUACACCUUCACCCUUUCCAACCCACUCUCCAACAAACCUUUCUUCUCAGUUGGUCUGACCCUGCCCAAGCUCUUUGUCUCCUCCCCAAGGAGGGACGCGGGGCGGGUUCUCAGACUGGCACCUGUAGCCGCCGCGGCCAUUUUGGAUGAGGGCAGGAAGACAAAGCGACCGGGGGAGGUAGCUGGCCUGUCGCUGGGACUGGCAGUUUCCAUGGCGCCGCCUCUGCCUCCUGUCCCCGCCCGGGAACCGAAUGGGGCCGAAACACAGUGCGGGAAGCCGGGGGCCGUGAGCUUCGCGGACGUGGCCGUGUACUUCUCCCGGGAGGAGUGGGGGUGUCUGCGGCCGGCGCAGAGGGCGCUGUACCGGGAUGUGAUGCGCGAGACCUACCUCCACCUGAGCGCUCUCGGAGGCGGAGGUACCAAGCCAGCGCUCAUCUCCUGGGUGGAGGAAGAGGCCGAACUGUGGCAUCCAGAUGCCCAGGAUCCCGAGGUCGCCAACGGCCCAACAGAAGCAGAUACAGCAGGUUCCAGAAACAAGGAAGAAAAAAGAGAAAGGGAAGAGACUGAAGCACUGGAGAAGCCACUCUCUGGGGACUCUCGAAUUCCUGAGCAGAAGGUUCCCCAACCAUCCUCAGCUGGGUUGCCUUCCAGCUUAGAGAGGCGAUCCAAGGUCCGUCACCGGGGUCGCCCUCCACUCCGUGCCCACCCAUCUGUCCCAAGAGCAGAUCAGCGUCAUGGCUGCUACGUGUGCGGCAAGAGUUUCGCCUGGCGCUCCACACUGGUCGAGCAUCUGUACACCCACACAGGCGAGAAGCCCUUCUGUUGCCCUGACUGUGGCAAGGGCUUCGGCCGGGCUUCCUCCCUGAGUAAGCACCGGGCCAUCCACCGAGGGGAGCGGCCCCAUCGCUGCCCUGACUGUGGCCGGGCCUUCACGCAGCGCUCCGCCCUCACUACCCACCUGCGUGUCCACACCGGCGAGAAGCCCUACCGCUGUGCUGACUGUGGCCGCUGCUUCAGCCAGAGCUCUGCCCUCCACCAGCAUCAGCGGGUGCACAGCGGCAAGACCCCUUUCCCCUGCGCGGACUGUGGCCGGGCCUUCGCCCACGCCUCAGACCUUCGGCGCCAUUUGCGCACCCACACAGGCGAGAAGCCCUACCCGUGCCCAGACUGUGGGCGAUGUUUCCGGCAGAGCUCUGAAAUGGCAGCCCACAGGCGUACCCACAGUGGCGAGCGACCCUAUCCCUGCCCUCAGUGUGGCAGGUGCUUUGGUCAGAAGUCAGCCAUGGCCAAGCACCAGUGGGUCCAUCGACCAGGAGCCGGGAUACGCAGGGGCCAGGGGCCUAGUGGGUUGUGUCUGACCCUGGCUCCUAGCCCAGGGGACCUGGACCCACCUGUAGGCUUCCAGCUCUAUCCAGAGAUAUUCCAGGAGUGUGGGGGACAGCCUCAAAAGUGAGAAAACAAAGGGUGAAGAUCUAGGCCUAGCCUGAAGCCCCAGAUUAGCUCAGGGGCAUGAACUUCUGUGGUGGCCUCCAGAGAAGUCACAGAAUUCAUAAGAGCUGAACCUGGGGACUGAGGAUGGUCUUACAGGCCUUUAGGAGCUUCAUCUGCUGAUGCCUUGCUCCCUACUGCCCAGGCUCUAUAAGCUCUCCCCCUCCCAUUUGAGGUAGGGCUGUAGUAACCCUCACUGGAGCUCCCUAUGGGGGAAAAAGGCAAUUUCUCAGCUCAGAAGUAUCAAAAGGAUCGAAGUCAAAGAGAACCUUGUUUGACCCAUUGUCUCCUUAAUGCAGAAGUUAAAACUCGUUGUCCCAUCCUGAAUCAGGCCUGUGGCUGCCUUGUUUACUUAUUUUGACCCAGGCAGCAUUUUCAAAUGUUAUAAAUUAGCAAUCAAGACUUAAAUCUCAAGAGGCUGAGGCAGGAGACUUGCCAGUUCAAGGUCAGUCUCAAAAAAAAAAAAAAAAAAAGAUUUGAAAAGGGCUAGCAUGGGCAAAGGUCCUGGGUUUAAUCCCCAGCACCAUAAAAUAAUGAUGCUAAUAAAAUUGGGGUAUUUCACACAAAAAUCCAGGUUUCUGGCUUCUCUUGAAAAAUCCAAAGAUUUGGCAGCUUGACCUAAAUUCCCAUUAAACCGCAACUGAUAGGAGCAGAUCAGCAGCUUCUCCCUCAGUGAAGCCAGUGCUCUUCAAUAACCAAGGCCCAUACCUUGGUUAUUGAAGACCAUAUUAGCUCCUGAUAGUCUCAGUUGCCACUUGUCAUGGCUUGCUUUUAGUAUUUUUCUUAAAGUAGAGCAAAAAGAGAAAGUAAAUUGUUCCUGAAGCCAUGUCUUUGACAAAGCAGGCCUUCUCCCUCUGGACCUGCUGGGCCCCUGGUAGUCAUUUGAGUUUACAAACCAGUGUCUACAGUGUUUAGGUUUUCCUGACCAGGACAGGGUACACAUGUGAGAGGGUGGCAAGAGGGAAGUAACAGCAAGGUUUGUUUCAGAUUUUUGUUCUCCCCCGUUUUAUGGUUUACAAAGUACUGUCUUGUCCAUUGACUCAUUUUACCCUUAUAACAGCCCAGGAAAGGAAGCACCUUGCUUGAAGAGGACAACCCAGUCAGGAUUAGGCAGUAAGGGUCAAAUUGGUCACUCCAAACUGAGUGUGACAUCUGCCACACCACAGUACCACUCUCAGUUGACCAGCAGCUCCUGUUUUUUUUUUAUUUUUAUUUUUUGGUUUUGGUACCAGGGAUUGAAUCCAGGAGUAUUUGACCACUGAACCACAUC